AUUUUUAGUCAUCACUGAGAAAAAAACAGUCGACGAAGAAAGAGUAGCCUGCAGACAAGAACACUCUCUCCAUGGCAGCAAAACCGACCAUCGUCCUACUGCCUGCGUGGGGCGUCGGCCACUUCAUGCCCAUGAUCGAGGCCGGCAAGCGGAUGCUCCAAUGCACCAGCAGCAGCGCCCUCUCGCUCACGGUGCUCCUCAUGCCGGCCCCGACGGCGCAGGCCGAGUCCGACAUCGCCGACCACGUGCGCCGGGAAGAGGAACAAGCCGGCGCCACCGACAUCCGCUUCCUUCACCUCCCGUCCGUGCCGCUCCCGACCGACCACACCGGCGUCGAGGAGUGGAUCUCCCGCAUCGUGCAGCUCCACGUGCCCCACAUCCGGGCCGCCGUCGCCGGCCUCGCGUGCCCGGUCGCCGCGCUCGUCCUCGACAUCUUCUUCACCCCGGCGCUCGACGUGUCCCGCGACCUCGCCCUGCCGGCCUACGUCUACUUCACCUCCGGCGCCGCGAUGCUGGCGCUGCUGCUGCGCGCGCCGUCGCUGCAGGACGAGGUGGAGGGGGAGUUUGAACUUGAAGGCGCGGUGGACGUGCCCGGGCUCCCGCCGCUGCCGCCCUCCUUCCUGCCGGAGACCUUGCUGGACAAAAAGAGCCCGACCUACGCAUGGUUCCUGUACACUGGGAGGCGCUACAUGGAAGCCAACGGCAUCAUCGUCAACACGGCAGCGGAGCUCGAGCCCGGAGUCCUCGCCGCCAUCGCCGAGGGCCGGUGCACCCGCGGCGCCCGGGCCCCGACCGUGUACCCCAUCGGCCCAGCAAUCUCGCUAAUAACAAGCCCGCUGGCCGAGCAGUCGCAGCCGCACGAGUGCGUGCGGUGGCUCGACUCGCAGCCUCCGAGCUCGGUGAUGUUCCUCUGCUUCGGGAGCAAAGGGAUGCUGCCUCCACCGCAGGUGCACGAGAUAGCCCACGGCCUGGAGCGCAGCGGCCACCGCUUCCUCUUGGUGCUGCGCGGCCUGCCGGUGGACACCACGAUGGGCGCGAGAGACCCGACGGACGCGAACCUCGCCGAGCUGCUCCCGGAGGGCUUCCUGGACAAGACGAAAGGGAGAGGGCUGGUGUGGCCGACGAGGGCGCCGCAGAAGGAGAUACUGGCGCACGCCGCCGUCGGGGGCUUCGUCACGCACUGCGGCUGGAACUCCAUCCUCGAGAGCCUCUGGUUCGGCGUGCCCAUGCUACCCUGGCCGCUCGCCGCCGACCAGCACCUCAACGCCUUCGCGGUCGUCCACGGGAUGGGCGCCGCCGUGCCGUUGGAGAUGGACAGGAAGCGCGGGAACUACGUCGAGGCGGCGCAGCUGGAGCGGGCGGUCAGGUCCCUCAUGGGCGGCGGCGGCGGCGGCGGCGAGGAGGCGAGGGAGAAGGCCAUGGAGAUGAAGCGCGCCUGCCGCAAUGCCGUGGAACAGAGCGGUUCUUCCCACGCUUCGCUGCAGAGGCUCUCCGAGGAGCUCGUCCGAGGCGCGGUGCUGCCCAAAAGAGGAAGCACUCACACCACGUGAACGUAGUCGGAUCUGUGCUUUUGCUUUGGGGAAUAAAUUCACCGCAGUUCUGGCUGUUUCUUUCAUUUCUAUUCUGUUUGGGGAAUAAAUUCACCGCAGUGUCCACACGCAUGGAUCCUUGUCCAACCAAUUCUGCAUCUAUCUUAGCGUGUUCUAUCAAUUUUUAUGUGUCACGUAGAACUAAGCUGGUAUGUGGACAUUUAUUCGAUCGGAA